AAAUGAUUUUGUGGCCAACAGCCCACAGGCCGGGUCGAUCCAAACUCCUCCAAAUCUCAUUCCCAUCUGACGAUCUCCGACUGACUUCAUAUUCUCCUCGUCGUCGUCGCCGCGUCGAUCUCAGAUAGUCAGGCGGUGGCGUCCAUGGCGGAGGACGCCACCAGCAGCCACCCGUCUCGCUACGUCAAGCUCACCAAGGACCAGGACGCCCCCACCGAGGACAUCCGCCCCGCCCCCGGCGAGCUCAACCAGGCGGUCCACGUCCCGCAGCUCGUAGGCCGGAGGUGCAGCGAGUGCGCCCAGGUCCUGCCCGAGAGCUACGAUCCGGCCCGCCGACGAGCCCUGGACUACCGGAAUCUUCGGAUCUCUUCUCCCUCCAAUCAGAAUCUGAUCCCCUCUCCCUCCACCAGCUCGUAGGCCGGAGGUGCAGCGAGUGCGCCCAGGUCCUGCCCGAGAGCUACGAUCCGGCCCGCCGACGAGCCCUGGACUACCGGAAUCUUCGGAUGCACCGAUGACCCCGAAACCUAUAUAUAUAUAGAGAGAGUAUAAGAGAGGAUUAUACUAUACAAUAGCCUGGGUACGGAAUAAUCUAUUCCGUACCCGUGCCGAUUGGUGCGGUCAGGCUCAGCCGGUUUCCGCUUCACGCCGGUCCCGGUUUAUUUUCGCGAAAGUGGGUUUUCCGAUUUUUUUACCAGCUCCUCCGAACGUGGGUCAACAUCCUCCCGUUCCCGUUCCUCCUAGCAGGAACC